AUGAGUAGCUGUCUUCCAUGGAUGGGCAUUCCGUUUAACUACCCUGCCAUAAAUCAAAACAGGAAGUGUCCAAGUGUAGUAUGGUCUGGAAUGUGUCUUGCUACUCGUUUUUUUUGUAAUAUGCGCAACCAUAACAAUUCCCCAAAGGAUAAAAGGCAUGGUAGGAUUGACAGAAAUUUGAUUGACAUGUUUGUGCUCCAUGAGCAUCUGCUACUAUGUGCAAAGGGGAGGUCCCUCCUGGUUGGGAAAAGCUGCCAUGGGCUAGCCAUUCAUUUUGGUCUGGUAACAGAUAUUCUGACAUGCAAUAUUCUAAUCAACUUGUACACAAAAUGUGGUCAGAAUGAUUGUGCUCGUCAUGUUUUUGAUGGAAUGCUUGCCAGAAGCAUAGUCUCAUGGAAUACCAUGAUUGCUGGAUAUACUCAGAGUCGAGAGGAUGUACAAGCUCUGAAGCUUUUUCAAAGGAUGCACCGAGAAGGGAGACAACCGACUGAAUUUACUUUAUCCAGCACAAUCUGUGCAUGCGCUGCAAAAUAUGCUAUCAAUGAAUGCAAGCAAUUACACACUAUUGCAUUCAAGCUUGCGUUGGACUCAAACAGCUUUGUUGGGACAGCAAUUCUAGAUGUUUAUGCAAAAUGUAAUAUGAUUAAGGAUGCCUGCUGGGUUUUUGAGAAGAUGCCUGAUAAAACUUUAGUUACAUGGAGUUCAUUGUUCGCAGGGUAUGUGCAGAAUGGUCUUCACGAAGAAGCAUUAUGUUUAUUUCGGAAUGCCCAAAGGGAAGGAGUAAAAUUGACUGAAUUCACUCUUUCUGCUAUCAUUAGCGCAUGUGCAAGCUUAGCAUUGAAAAUUGAAGGGACACAACUGCAUGCAGUUAUUGUGAAAUGUGGUUUUCAUGGGAACUUCUUUGUGGCAGCAUCUCUUGUGGAUGUGUAUGCAAGUUGUGGCCAGAUUGAAAAAUCUUAUGCACUAUUUGCUUAUAUGGAACAGAAGAAUGUUGUCAUAUGGAAUGCAAUGAUUGCUGGUUUUUCGAGGCAUGCCCAUUCUUGGGAAGCUAUGAUUCUCUUUGAGAAAAUGCACCAGUUACGUAUUUUUCCAAACGAAGUUACCUAUCUCUCCAUGUUGUCACUGUGCAGUCAUGCAGGUUUAGUUGAAGAGGCUCGUCAUUACUUUAACCUGCUAAUAUCUGAUCGGACUGUUGAACCUAAUGCCCUUCACUAUUCUUGCAUGGUUGAUGUUCUGGGUCGAUCUGGGAAGACUGAUGAGGCCUGGGAAUUGCUUCACAAAAUGCCAUUUGAGCCAACUGCUUCUAUGUGGGGAUCUUUGCUUGGGUCAUGCAGAAACUACAAUAACAGUGACUUAGCCAGAAUAGCUGCCGAACAGCUUUUCCAACUUGAGCCUGACAAUGGAGGGAACCAUGUUUUGCUCUCAAAUGUAUAA